CAUAAUCAAAAUGGGUGCUAUUCCUGAAGCCGAUCCCGAUGAGCCUGUCGAGACCAAGCCCUUCAAGUUCGUGACGACCAAGCACUGUUGGCAAAACUACGUCGACUACCACAAGUGUGUCAACGCCAAGGGCGAGGAUUUCCGCCCAUGCACCCAGUUCUUCCACGCUUUCCGCUCCCUGUGCCCUAAGGCCUGGACCGACAGAUGGGAUACACAACGCGAGGCUGGCAACUUCCCCGCU